UAUAUACCAAGUAAAUUAGUUGUUUAUAUCAAUUUAAUUUUAAAAAUAAUCAUGAUGCCGCAUAUGCUAGAUUUCUUUAGUUUUUUAAUUAUAUUUCUUUAUAUACCUCAUCUAUCUAGUUUCAAAUAUGAGAUCAGUUUGGGCGAAAAAUGUCGUCGAUUAUAUGAAAUGUCCUUUAAAGAUGCUAUUAUUCCAUUUAAUAACAUAAAAUUUCAACAAUAUGUGGAAAUAGGCGCUCGAAAUUAUACCGUAAUGGUGAUGUUUACAGCACUUACUAAGAGAAAUUGUCCUAUAUGCAGACCAGUAUAUGAAGAAUACACAAUAUUAGCUAACUCCUGGAGAUUAUCUAAUUCACUUUCAAAUGCUCUUUUUUUUACUAUGAUAGAUCAUGAAGAUGGAUAUGAAAUAUUUAAUUCUUUUAAUAUUGAUUCGGUCCCAACCUUUUAUCUUUUUCCACCAAAGGGUAAGAAGAAGUAUUAUGAAGUUUUUGAUAUCCAGACGGAGGGAAUUUCAGCUGAAAAAUUAGCAAAAUUUAUUUACACACAUAUUGAAAUUCAAAUAAAUAUCUUGAGACAACCAAGUUAUUCAGGAACUGUGGCGCUUAUUUUGUUAUGUUUCUUAAUUGGGGGACUGCUAUACUUAAGAAGAAAUAAUCUCAAUUUUUUAUACCAGUCAAAUUUAUGGGCAUCCAUUUCAUUAUUUUUCAUCUUCAUCAUGAUAUCUGGGCAAAUGUGGAAUCACAUAAGGGGCCCCCCUUUUAUGCACAGGAACCCCAGAACAGGUGGAGUGAAUUAUAUCAGACAUGAUGGUAGAGCACAAUUCAUAGUGGAAAGCUACAUAGUUAUCAUACUCUACGCAGCCAUAACCCUGGGAAUUAUACUUCUCAAGGAAGCCAUGUGUUCCACCAAGUUGGAUAAUAGCAAACGAAAAAUUAUAGCUAUACUUGGACUUGCAUUAUUAUCAAUUUUCUUUAGCCUUAUACUCUCAAUAUUUCGUUCAAAAUACCAGGGUUAUCCAUAUAGCUUUUUGUUCAAGUGAAUAAUCGAAACAUUAGCAAUAAAUAUCUAGCUUUGCAAUCUCAAGAUUAUAUGAAUAUUUAUUUUAUCUAUAUUGUAUGUUAUUAUAUAUUUAUAUUUGUUAUUCUAUGUUGUAGUAAAAAAUAUUGUUUCAUUUGUUAUAUAUAUGCUUUUGAUACAUGCUGAAAUAAAGAUUGCA